GACGGUGGCGCUCUCCUGGGUCACUGCCUGUUUUGAGUUCCUCUCCCGCAGGUUUCAGCUCUUUGGUGCCGGUGGGGCCUUGGUGCAGAGUGAGCCGGGCUGAGGAACUUCUUUCUCUCCUCGGAGAGAUGCCUGAUGAUGUCAGACUCUGAUAGCGAUGAGGAUCAUGAACAUCCAUUCUCACUCACCGGUUUUUUGUUUGGGAAUAUUAAUGAAGAUGGACAGUUGGAGGAUGACAGCAUCCUUGACAAGGAGUCAAAGAAGCACUUGGAUGGACUGGGAACGCUGGGACUUGGGACUCUUAUCAAAGAGAUUACAGCUAAUGAGGAUGAUGCAGUGGACUCGGAUGAGGGGAGCAGCAACACCAAGGGCUGGGUGCAGAGUAAAGAAGAUGCCAUUGACUACUCGGACAUCACUGAGGUGGCAGAGGAUGAGACCCGCAGGUACAGGCAGGCGAUGGGAAAUCUUCAGCCAAUCAGGAAAUUGGGGGGCGAUGAUGACGAUGAUUAUGAUGCAGACAGUGAAGAUGUGGAUUCCAAGCUCAUGCCUCCUCCACCACCUCCUCCACCGCUCAGUAAGGAUGAAACACCGUCACAGGAAUUGAGUGUGAAUGGGCUAAAUUCAGCUGCAGCCACUUCCUGCCCAGCUAGUGGUCCUUACGCAGCUGAUACCCUUUUCCCUCUUUCAACAACUGAUGAUAAUGAUGGGAUCAUUUUACCAUCGAUAAUUGCUCCCUCGUCAACUUCAGACAAAGUGGAAUUUAGCAGCUCUUCUGACUCAGAAUCUGAAAUGGACAGGCAAGUGCCCCGACUGAGACAGAAAGAUUCACAGAAGGAAGAUAAACUCACACUGCCACUUGCGGGCAUCAUGCAGCGAGAUUCAACCAAGCAAUUACCCAGCGUCACGGAUCUCUUCCCAGAAUUUCGUCCAGGAAAGGUGUUGCGUUUUCUGCGUCUGUUUGGACCUGGAAAGAAUAUUCCAUCAGUUUGGAGGAGUGCCAGGAGGAAAAGGAGGAAAAAACAUCGGGAGCCACAGCUUGAGGCUCCAACCCGGGAGGGAGAGGAGGCAGUGAAGGAGCAGAGAUCUGGGUGGGAGUAUCAUUAUGCACCAGCUCCACCCCCUGAACAGUGUCUCUCUGAUGAUGAGAUAACAAUGAUGGCUCCUGUGGAGUCUAAGUUCUCUCAGUCCACUGGUGACACUGACAACAUAAUGGACAUGAGGCCAAGGAUUGCUGAAUGGCGCUAUGGGCCUGCUCAGCUCUGGUAUGAUAUGCUGGGAGUGGCAGAGGAUGGAGAUGGAUUUGAUUAUGGCUUCAAAUUGAAAGAUGAAAAUGAGGAGGAUGUGGAUUUUAUUACUGAUGCACAGAAGAGUCUUGAGAUUCCAAAGAAAUCAGCAGAUGAGCAGGAGGUCCACGAGAUGGAAGCUCUCGUGGGGGAGCACUUUCUGAUGGUUACCCAGCUGCCGUGGGAGGAGGACAUCAUCUGGAAUGGCGAAGAUGUUAAACAUAAGACCACAAAGUCCCAGCGAGCCAGCCUUGCAGGGUGGCUGCCCUCCAGCAUGACUCGAAAUGCUACGGCUUACAAUGCACAGCAAGGACUUAAUCGUGGUAUCUCUUGGCUGUCAAAUCCUAUCCCACAACUUCCUAGUCAGAAAAACACACCAACGGGGCUUCCACUACCAGCCAAGGGGAAGGACAAGCACAUAUCAGAACAACAAGCGUCCCAAGAGGAUGAUAAAACUUGGUAUUCCAUUUUCCCUAUUGAUAAUGAAGAACUUGUGUAUGGAAGGUGGGAAGACAACAUCAUCUGGGAUGACCAAGCUAUGGACAAAAUCCUGGAACCACCUAUACUAACCCUUGACCCCAAUGAUGAGAAUAUCAUACUCGAGAUUCCUGAUGAGAAGGAAGAAACAACGUCCAACUCUCCUUCCAAAGAGAAUAAGAAGGAAUCGUCAGCUCGGAAGAGUCGCAUCCUGUUGGGAAAAACUGGAGUCAUCAAGGAUGAACCACAACAGAAUAUGUCACAGCCAGAAGUGAAGGAUCCAUGGAACCUUUCAAAUGAUGAGUUUUAUUAUCCCAAACAGCAGGGACUUCGAGGAACCUUUGGAGGCAAUAUCAUCCAGCAUUCCAUUCCCGCAGUGGAGCUGCGGCAGCCAUUCUUCCCAACUCACAUGGGCCCAAUGAAGCUCCGACAGUUCCAUCGACCUCCAUUGAAGAAAUAUUCCUUCGGGACAUUAUCACAGCCAGGACCCCAUUCAGUGUAUCCCUUGCUUAAACACAUCAAAAAGAAAGCAAAGAUGCGUGAACAGGAGCGACAGGCGUCUGGAGGUGGGGAGAUGUUUUUCAUGCGAACGCCGCAGGAUUUAACUGGUAAAGAUGGUGACCUAAUCCUGGCUGAAUACAGCGAGGAAUAUCCACCUCUUAUGAUGCAGGUUGGCAUGGCAACGAAAAUCAAGAACUAUUACAAACGGAAACCAGGGAAGGAUCCUGGUGCUCCUGAUUGUAAAUAUGGAGAGACAGUUUAUUGCCACACGUCACCGUUCCUUGGAUCUCUACACCCUGGACAGUUACUGCAGGCAUUUGAAAACAAUCUCUUCCGCUCUCCAAUUUACUUACACAAGAUGCCAGAGACUGAUUUCUUGAUUAUCCGAACCCGUCAGGGCUACCAUGUCCGAGAGUUGGUUGAUAUCUUUGUUGUCGGACAGCAGUGCCCUCUCUAUGAAGUCCCUGGGCCAAACUCCAAGCGGGCAAACACUCAUGUCCGCGACUUCCUGCAGGUCUUCAUUUAUCGUCUAUUUUGGAAAAGUAAGGAUCGUCCAAGAAGAAUACGUAUGGAGGAUAUAAAGAAAGCCUUUCCGUCUCACUCUGAGAGCAGCAUCCGAAAGCGACUGAAGCUAUGUGCAGAUUUCAAACGAACAGGGAUGGACUCAAACUGGUGGGUGCUAAAACCGGAUUUCCGAUUGCCCACUGAGGAAGAGAUUCGAGCCAUGGUAUCUCCUGAACAAUGCUGUUCAUAUUACAGCAUGCUAGCAGCAGAGCAACGCUUAAAGGAUGCUGGGUAUGGGGAGAAAUCCUUCUUUGCCCCAGAAGAAGAGAAUGAGGAAGAGUUCCAGAUGAAAAUUGAUGAUGAGGUCAGAACAGCGCCAUGGAACACCACUCGGGCAUUCAUUGCCGCCAUGAAGGGCAAGUGUCUGCUAGAAGUCACUGGUGUUGCUGACCCCACUGGCUGCGGUGAAGGGUUUUCCUACGUUAAGGUUCCCAACAAACCCCAACAGCAGAAAGAUGACAACCAGCCACAACCUGUGAAGAAGACAGUGACAGGAACAGAUGCUGACCUGAGACGGCUGUCUCUGAAAAACGCUAAACAACUCCUUCGGAAGUUUGGCGUGCCAGAGGAGGAGAUCAAAAAGCUGUCCCGAUGGGAAGUCAUUGAUGUGGUGCGCACAAUGUCGACGGAGCAGGCACGGUCUGGUGAUACGCCAAUGAGUAAGUUUGCCCGUGGUUCCCGUUUCUCAGUGGCUGAACAUCAGGAGAGAUACAAAGAAGAGUGUCAGCGUAUCUUUGACCUUCAGAACAAGGUGCUGUCUUCAACGGAGGUGCUUUCAACUGAUACAGACAGCAGUUCAGCAGAAGACAGUGAUUUUGAGGAAAUGGGAAAAAAUAUUGAGAACAUGUUACAAAAUAAAAAAACCAGCUCACAGCUUUCCCGCGAACGCGAAGAGCAGGAACGUAAAGAAUUACAGAGAAUGCUAAUGGGGGAAGAAAUUGGAAAUGACAAGGACCGGGAUAAGAAGGACAGGAGAGACAAAAAAGGUUCAUCCUGCAGCCCAAACCCCGGCAUCUUCCACAAGGACGAUGACACUGCCUCUGUCACCAGCCUUAAUUCUUCAGCAACAGGACGGCGGCUGAAGAUUUACCGCACGUUCCGAGAUGAAGAUGGGAAGGAGUAUGUGAGGUGUGAGACGGUUAGGAAGCCCUCUGUCAUUGAUGCGUAUGUUAGAAUACGGACAACAAAGGAUGAAGACUUUAUCCGUAAAUUUGCUCUGUUUGACGAGCAACAUCGUGAGGAGAUGCGUCGAGAAAGACGCAGGAUUCAGGAACAACUACGGCGACUCAAACGGAAUCAGGAGAAGGAGAAACUGAAAGGCCCACCAGAGAAAAAACCCAAAAAGGUUAAGGAAAGGCCUGACCUUAAGUUGAAGUGCGGGGCUUGUGGUGCUAUUGGACACAUGAGAACCAAUAAGUUUUGCCCUCUGUAUUACCAAACAAAUGCUCCGCCCAGUAAUCCAGUUGCUAUGACAGAAGAACAAGAAGAGGAGCUUGAAAAGACUGUAAUACCCAAUGACAACGAGGAACUUAUCAAAGUUGAGGGAACUAAGAUUGUACUUGGCAAACAGCUCAUAGAAAGUGCGGAUGAAGUUCGAAGGAAAUCUCUGGUUCUGAAAUUCCCCAAACAACAGCUUCCUCCCAAGCGACGACGGCGGGUGGGCACCACAGUCCAUUGUGACUACCUCAAUAGACCUCACAAGUCCAUUCACCGGCGUCGGACCGAUCCUAUGGUCACCUUAUCAUCCAUAUUGGAGGGAAUUAUCAACGACAUGCGAGAUCUAGCUAAUACCUAUCCAUUCCACACUCCAGUUAAUCCAAAGGUCGUGAAGGAUUAUUAUAAAAUCAUCACUAAACCCAUGGAUCUGCAGACUCUGAGAGAGAAUGUCCGCAAACGAAUGCACCAUUCACGUGAGGAAUUCCGGGAGCAAGUGGAACUCAUUGUAAAAAACAGCAGCACUUACAAUGGAGUGAAACACCCUCUGACUCAAAUUGCCCAGAGUAUGGUGGAACUCUGUGAUUUGAAAUUUAAAGAGAAAGAAGAUAAAUUGGUGCGACUGGAAAAGGCCAUCAACCCUCUCCUGGAUGAUGAUGAUCAAGUUGCUUUCUCUUUUAUUUUGGAUAACAUUGUCACUCAGAAGAUGAUGGCUGUGCCAGAUUCCUGGCCCUUCCACCAUCCCGUUAACAAGAAGUUUGUGCCUGAUUAUUACAAAGUGAUCACCACUCCGAUAGAUUUGGAAUCAGUACGCAAGAACAUAUCCAAACACAAGUACCAGAAUCGUGAGGCCUUCUUGCAAGAUGUUGAACUCAUUCUGAACAACAGCAUCAAAUAUAAUGGAACAGAUAGUCCAUACUCCAAGACUGCACAAGAGAUCGUCAGUGUCUGUCACCACACACUGUCUGAGUACGAUGAACAUCUAACUCAGUUGGAAAAAGACAUAGCAUCUGCAAAGGAGGCUGCUCUUGAUGCUGCAGAAUUUGACAGUCUUGACCCCCUGACCCCAGGGCCUCACACUCCUCAGCCACCAGAAAUAGAAGAUGGAAACACAUCUAUGAGCACUUCUCGAGAUCUUUCUGUGUUUAAUGAGGAGGGCAGUAUGUCUCUGACUGUCACCCCAACAACAACACCAGAGAAAAUGCAUCACAGAUUGGCUCAGGGUCAGAUGCGUGAGGGACGAAUGAGGACUGGUGAAGAAGAGUCUGACGUGGAUGUAGAAGGUUUUGAGGAAGAUGACGAUGGCAAACCAAAGACCCCAGCUCCAGAAGCAGAUGAGGGAGAAUGUGAGUUGGAAGAUGAGGAUGAGGCCUCUGUGCCACGUCGUCAGGCGAGUGUGUUGUAUGAGGAUCUGCUCAUGUCAGAUGGAGAGGAUGAGGAUCACAGUGAGGAGGAGGAAGGUGACAAUCCGUUCUCCUCUAUACAGCUCAGUGAGAGCGGCAGUGACUCUGAUGUUGAAACCACUAAUAUCCGCCCAGUGAAACCUCGUCUGAUACCCGAGAAUACAUGUAUGGGAAUGGAAAAUGAAGAAAGCAUGAUGUCCUAUGAUGGAGAUGGUGGUGAGACCUCGCAGAUCAUGGAAGACAGUAAUGUGAGCUUUGAGAGCUAUGAGGAACCAGACCUGAAGUCAAACACCCGCGACACAACAUUCAGCAGUGGAGGGUGUGAUUAUGAACUGUCAGACGAGGAUGAAGAGGAGGAACAGCACCAUGGGCCAAGUGUUCUUAAUGAGGUUCAUCUGAGUGAAGACGAGGAGGACAGUGAGGAGUUCCAUUCUAUUGGAGCAGAUAGUGAUAUGGACUCAGAUAUAGAGAGCUGAACAUUAGAAAAGCCGUUCUAGAUUACAAAACAUGGAGGUUGGCAAGAUCCUCAAGUCUGAAUAUUCACUGAGUUGGAGGCAGAAUUAUUGACUAAUGCACAAUGAGACUGCUACGAUAUCAGAGGAUUACAAGCUCACAGGAGGAGUAAUUAUGCGGAAGCUGUAUUGUGAGAAUUCACCAAUACAUUUGACUUUAUGCUGUUACAGAUGAAUCUCCUUAAACUAGAAGCCAGGUAUGUAGCCCAAUGAUAAACAUUCCGCUUAAUACCAAAGUGCAGUAGUUUGGGAGCCACAAAAAAGCUUAUGUUAAAUAGGGGUUUGUCCAGAAAGGUUUAAACUGAUUUUCUGUCGAAACAGCAUUGUAUUUGAGACUUUCAAAAUUGUGUUUACUAUAUAUAAUUAAUCUACAUGAGGUGCUUUACAUUACCUCCUGCUAGAGCGAUCUCUGCCUGUCAAAAUGCAAAAUGCUCAGUGUCAGGGCUAUCAAAGUUCAAUAUAAUUUAAAGGAAGUAGAAAUUAAAAGUUUUCUUUGGAACAUUUUACCCAAAUCUAUAAAACAUCAUUCUCGCAAGUGAUGGCCUUGCUUUCCUUGUUAAUUCACCUCCAUUUAAUUACUGCUUUCUUUAUUACUUUAUUACUUUAUUACUUUGUUGGAAUAUUUUGUCAUAUGUUUAUUUUUAGCCACCUGAGCUUUCAAUUUUCUGUUAUCUUAUUAACUAAGAAUUAUGGGCAAAUUAUGUAUUUAAGUGGCAGGAGUAAAACAAACUGGUGCCAGAUGCGUGAUUGGCAGAUUUUAUUACUAGUGGCCAGUGAAUGUCAAUCUGCACAGAAUCUCCUUAAAAUUUAUGGCUGACAUCAACGAGCAAGUGGAAAUGGCAAAUCAAACAAAAUUGUGAGACAGAAGAGUGGAAAAACCUCAAUUUCUAUCUCCCAAAGAAACGUAAGCAAUAUACUUACAGUAAUUCUAAAACUUCAAGGAAACUGCUAUUUUGGUGCUGAAUCAGUAACUCGAUGUUUAUUUUUUAACCUGAAAGACAUUUGCUUCCUCUGCAAAGUCCACCUCCUAAACCACUUUAUUUAAGCAACAGAACUGGAUAAGGUUUACACAUUAGGGGUCUUCAAGAUUUUAAAAAGAUAUGUAAAUUUAAUUUCCAUUUAUGUAUCAUGAUUAGUGCUUUGAUAUAUUACGAAUGAAGAAAAGGAUAAUCUGACUUUUUUUUCAAUUUUGUAAUAGCCUGUGGAGUAAUUAUUUGCUCAUAAUGUAAAUGAUCUCUACAAAACCUAACACCAUGCUGACUACUGAAAGGCAAGUUUGUACAGAAAUGUCAGUCAGGGUUUCAAUAACCAAUAGCUUGUACCUGGACACGGCUGGAAUGCUGUUUCCCCCUGCUGUGGACUUGUCCUGUGCAGUCAAACCUGUCCUAUAGAAAUACACAUGGUUUGUUAUUCAAAUAUUUCAAUUAAAUAGUAUGUUAUAAAACUAACGUGUUAAAAGCUGAACUGACCAUUGUAUAAUCCUACAAAUGUUGUGAACUUUGUUAAAUCUCAGUUAAAAGAAAGUUUGAUUUUAAUUUUUCUGAUUUUUUUUCAUUGUGGCUUUUAAUUGCCAAUAUGGCAGCUAUCAUUUUUGGCACUGUUUUCUGUAUUUAGAUACCAGAGGGGCAAGGUUUGUGCUUUUGGUAGUAUCAGUAGCUCGGACAUUGUUCUGUACAGAGUUUGAAAUUCUUCAGCUGACAAAUGCUUACAGAACCUUUAUUUUAUAAAUAAAUAAUAAAAUGAAACAUC